AUAAGUUUCAUCAAGUUGGUGGAACAAGAGGACAGGUUGCUGUUUGUGUUUUCGUGUGGCUGGCUGGUGUGUUGUGUGCUUUGUUGUUUGCGAGCUGAGCCAGCGAGCCAGUGUGCGCAAGCAGGAGAGCCAGUGUGCGAGAGGGUUGGCUGAGGUGCACACACGCGCAAGCGCACAACACAAAGAACAGCCAUGAGCUUUGACUCGCUAGUGUACAUGGCGGAGAUCUGGGCCCCAGAUGCAGAUCUCCUUCAACGCGAGGAGACGUUUACGGCGAUUGCAUCCUGUGCCACCUACUAUGUCAUCGGCACGACGCACAGCAACCUCUUUGUGUUCAGCACCAAUGGCAAUUUCCUUGUCUCCCUCAAUGUUGGCAAACACGUGUCUAGGGAUGUGACCAUGGUGGGAUCCAUUCUGCACAUCGCAUGCAGCGCGUCAUGUUGCGUGGCGUUUGCGACGGGGACGGGCCUGGUGUGGUGCUGGAACUGGAAACAGGACACGCUCGAGUGCUGGAGCAGCCGUGAGGACAAGGUGGUGGCGCUGCAGAUGCCAUCCGACUUUGACAUGAGCACGGGAACGCUCUACGUCUCCCAUAAGCCGAGCUCCAUCCUUGCACUGCGCGGUGGGUCGUCAUCGUCGUCGACAUCCUCAUCAUCGUCGUCAUCAUCAUCACGGCGCACGUCGGUGCUGAGCGUUGCCUGGCACGACGCUAGCACGGCCGCCCCCUCGUUGCGAAACCUGUGCUGUGAACAAGAGAUGCUGUUGUUCAGCAUGCACCAUCAGGUGUUCUGCUGUGAUCCGAGCACGGGGACCAUUCUCUCGUCGUUUCGGCAGCAGCUGUCAUCUCCAGCCAGCAGCAACACGGGUAUCAGCACCCCCUCCUCGCGCACAACACCAACCCCAACACCCACAGCACGCGACACCGGCACCAACCCGGAGUCGCAACGCACGGCUGAACAACGAAGCGCAGCACGUGCACACACGCCAGCGAGUUGUGACCACGAUGAUGCGGGAAACAAUGGCAACGACGCCAAUGAUAGCAAUGCUUGUGAGAGCGGUGUCCAUGGCCGUUCUGCCACAGCAGCAGCGACGACGACAGCAACAGCCACUGGGACGAGGGAGCAGAGCCGAACACCGCCACACGUACCAUCGCACGCAACGCUGGUGAACACGGGCGGGGUGGAGGAGACGGAGGCUGUGCAGGCCAUCGUGUGCGCCGGGGAACACGUGUACGUGCACUACACGUCGCGCGUGUAUCUAUUUGUGCGCAACAAUUUCCGCACUGCUCCGUUUCGUCUCGUGCGAAUCAUCCAGUGUCCGCCGCACACCCGACACAUCGCAGCAACAGGCCAGCACAUGUUCUUCUUCGUUGAGCGAGCCGGUGGUGACAAUGAUGAUGGUGAUGGUGGUGGUGAUCAGAGCUGUAUCGUCACUGCUGCCGACGGCCAAUUCCAACAGAAAAUACCGCUCUCACACGGCAGCUUUGGCUCUGUGCUUGCGCUGACGUCGUUCUUCGUUGUGCAACGCAUGGACGUGGAGGGCUACAACGCGUUUGGAAACACGCACGUGCUCGCUGUUUUUCCACGGUCGGCCGCAGUUUUUCGCGUCGCAACACACGCAGAGCAAGUGCUAGCGCUGUGCGCGCGCUUCCAUUAUCCGCUUGCCCAACACCAGUGCCAGCAGCGCGUGCCCCAGCCAGGCGUGCUCGUGCAAAUCUCAAACGAAUACGCAAACCAGCUGUGGAGAAAGCAACGCCAGCAUGCGCUGUUCCUGUCACGCGUGGCACGAUGGCCGGUCCUAUAUCCGGCACAGCGCCUGAAAAUAGCGCUCACACGACAGCUGCAGGCGGUGGAGAGGUUUCCUGCUCUCCCGUUUGCAGACGCACUGAGCCAGCUUAGCCACAGUUGCAUGGGCGCAGAACCGUCUUGUGAAGAAGACACACCUGGCAGCAGUCGCAGCGGUGAUGGUGGUGGCGUGAUGUGUGUGCAUGCAAGCAGCAGGGCAGAGGAUGUGUUGCUGUUGCUUGCGGCCCUCUUCAAGCUCUGUGAAUUCUCCAACCAGCGCAGAGACAUGUGGCAGGCGCUGUUCUGGAUCAAGUGUGUGCUGCACACCUACGCCAUUGACACGGCACGCGUGUGUGAUUGCGCAACAACGGACGACGCUGAGGCCGCGCUUGCGCUGCGAAAGUGCUUGACACAGGUGGAGAAGACAGGCCUGUGGACCCUCAUGAAAGAGAGCAACAUUUUUGCAUCCACCACCUCUUCCUCGUCGCUGCCUGUGCGGGAUGAGAAUGGAGGCACCUUACAUCAUGACGCAAUCAAGAGCAAGCGGGCCCCUUCGUCACCAACACAAGCCACAACACGCACAGCAACGGCAACAGUGAACAUGGCGAAAACGGCACCCACAGCACCAGCAACAACGAGCACAGCACCAGUGACUGCGAUGUUUGACGAUGGUGAUAAGAACGUGACGCGUGCCGGGGAAGAGGAAGUGCAGGCUGUGACGCAGCAGCUGCAUGAGCUGUCCACGGACUUACUGUUCCACACGCCAACAGCACUCAUCUCCUCCACCCCGCGCAAGGGGCAUCAGAGCCGACCCUUCCACGACCAGCGGCACCAGCAGCAGCCAUCGCCACUGCGGCCACUCCGCUUCGGUGAUGCUGACCCGCCGCCAUCGCCACCACCGGGGCACGUGCAGGGCAGUUGGAUGGCAAGCACGCCAGCCGGGCGGCGCCAACGGGCUGGUGGAACUGACAACAGGGACGAUGAUGAGGAUGAUGGUAGCAGUGAUGAUGGCAGUGAUGGCGGUGAUGGUGGUGGUGGUCGCGAGAGGGUGGGGAGAGACGGGGAUGGUGGGCAGGAUGCAGGCGAUGAGACGCCGUUCUACACUCCGCUGGCGUCGCGUGUCGAGUCCCCUCCAACACGGCAGCAGCAGCUGGAGGUGGAGGAGGAUGAUGAGGAGGAAAGGGAGGAAGGAUGUGAUAGCGAUGAGGUAAGGGUGAUGGUGGGUGGCGCGAGCCGUGCCAGUGCGACACCACCGCAUUCGUGGCUGUUGCCGCUAUCAUGUCGCGUUGUCGUGGAUGGUGGCGAGAUGGGUGGUGAGAUGGGUAGUGAACCGUUUGUCAGCGACCAGCGCGACGGAUUUGACAGCGGCGUGAACGAGAGCAACGCGGCAAGGAGUGACGAGGAACACGCAAAUGUCAGUGAUGGUGAUGGUGAUGAUAUCAGUGGUGGUGGUGGUGGUGACAUGGUGAUGUGGACGGCACGCCAGCACUUGCUACUGCAGCUGAAACAGCUGCGAGCACAGUGCCCAGAGCUGUGAAAUUGAUGUAACCGUGUGGCGAGUGCGGACGGUGCAGUGCUUUGGCGUGCCAAUGUUUGUAUGACUGAAGUGAACAGAUGACAUGAUGUG